CACCUUAGUUUCUGACAAGGCUGGCCUUCCAAUGUUUAGGAUAUAAAACCAUUCCACAUGGCCUGCACCCAACUAACCAACUAACCAGAAUCAAAAACGCUCGUUGUCACAGUCAUUUCUGCCCAGCAAAAACCACCAGACAAACCCGUAACUACACCCUGGCCAGCAUUUCUCUCAAGUCAGCUAACUACCUGUGUAUCUAAGACGCCGGCAAGAUCAUGAGCUAGAUCCAGAAAUAUCACAACUUGGUCAUAUCCUUUCACCUCUCCGCAUUUACACAUGGGGUCCUUCUGCCAUGAGUUAUCUAGGUGUUCCCAUAGUGAUUAGACUUCCUAUGGUGGUGGUCCAGGACAAAGAUUUUGAGAAGGCAACCCACAAACUUUUCUUCUCCAAACCGCAACCCUGCCUCUGAAAUUAUGGCAGAUCUUCCAGAUCCACAAGCCACUCUGCAGCAGAUAAAUGAAGGUUACAAGCGUGUAGACCACUUUUGCAAGACCUUCAACUGCCCGAGCCAUCUAUUUGAGAGCUUUCAACAAAUACUUUUGAUUCCAAGCUCAUUUGCCAGUCUCCCUGAUUUUAGUACAACAGAAUUGAACGCAACAAAGCAGUCUGCUGCACUUCCAACUGCUCAAAUGACAAAUACAGCAACAUCUUAUACCCACACCAGCAGACAUUACUUGAAAGUCUCAUCAGAGCUGCUGUUGUUGAGGAAACCAAUGCUGGGUUCACUUCCUGGGCGGCUUCAAUGAAAGCGUGGGUCUCCAUGGUGGCUGGAUAUUUGGGCAUAGGAAACGAUAUUCUAGAUGAUUGCUUGCAUGAGCAGGUUGCAACAUGGUCUAGUACACACUUUGGUCGAGUACAUGAGAGCAAGUACGGGCUAUUUGACCGGCGCAUAUCAAAAUGCCUUGGGUCUGGGAAAGAAUUACCUGUUGACAUGAGUGGCCGUCCCAUUUUCUAGAAAGGCCUCUGUUCCUGAAUGAGAGGAGAGAAAGCCAAAGAUAUGAUGUGAGUCUAGAUUAUUGGCGGUAGCUUAUUUAUCGGCUAGUUACAGCAUCUAGAGAUGGAGUGAAACCAUUUCUGUGGACAUGAAAUGAGAAGGCUUUAACACUGAUUUCAAUGAACGCAUAUGCAUGCAAAUCUAUAAUCAACGCGCCCUUGAGCCUCGGGAAUGGGUAGGGUUGCCAAUACCACACGACACACAUUGUGCACAUCAACGCCUGGAAGUCCGUGAUAAGAGGGGGAAUUAAAUUUCCCAUCUAUUGCCCCUAUUCUUCGUGAGGGAAGCCCGCCAUAUCUUCAUGAAGGGCAAGGCCCACCAUCCCUCUAUUUCUUCCCCGAGAUGUAGAUUAGCCAUAUCGAGGCCACCCUUUUCAUGUUGAAAAGUGGGAAUCGUGUCAGUCACGCCUGUUAUCCUGCUGCUAUUUUGAGCUAUCAGCAGCUACUAUUUCUGGAUUCCUGGAUUUUUGAACUUGAACUUUCACAUCUAUACUUCUAUAUUUGCCCUGAUAUCCACAGUAGCAGAUUUGGUUCCAUAUCUUGAAUGAUUAAAAACCACCAAUCAUGGCUAGGGAACACUCGGAUGCAUGAUCACUACCACACACAUCAACAUCAAAACUCUAGAAGCUCAACAGGUUAUGAGCCCGGGCUCGGACACAGCAUUUUGGACGACGCAUAUACAGCUAAGCUUCCCGGCCAAGUGAUAGUCUUAUCAACUCAAGAAGCUGACAAACAACAAUCUAGUGAUCAUGUUGAAAAAC